UACCUAAUCAUUUUUCCUCAGCCGCAAGUGCUUCUGCUCUCCGCCUUCACCUCCACCCUAAGUGCUCCGAGUGCUCUCUACUUACCGUGCCUAAUUUUCUCCAACUGGGUUCUUCAGUCCGGAAGGGGCAAAAUCUUUGUACAAGAGAUUGAUUUGAUGUCUUUCUUCAAGAGAAUUCUGAAUUUCUUUGACUCUGUAAUAUCUCUCUCUCAUUCGCUCACUUUCUCUCUCACACACAGCACGCACUGCUCUUCUCUGUGCUCCGCUCUGCUCCGCUCUGCUGUUGCCUUUUGGCCUUUGGGGGAACUUACAGCUUGCUAGUUGCCUCUGGUGGAUUUCAAUCUUUUUCUCCGCUUCUCCUUUCUAGUGGCUUCAAGGAUAAGCGAUUUGGAUCUUGGGCUUCUGGUUUUCUCACACAUGGUCGUCUAUCACGAGGAUCUCACGUGCUGAAGCUGAAGAGAAGAAUUGGCUUGUUAUCUUCCUUCUCCCGUCUCUUCUCUUUUUCGGCUUUGUUUGGAAAGUGGAAAAUCUUCGCAAGUGGUUUGGUGCCUUUUGUUCCCUUGCAUCCUGAAAAGGUUUUGCAGUAAAAUUUCCAUUCAUUCCAGACCGGAAUCCAGUUUAAUGGUAGUUUAUCUAUAAUACAAGACGGAGCCAAAAAAGGAUUACAAGAGACGAAUUUCUCAGCCCACGAGUGGAUGGAAAAAUGGUUUAUCACUCCAACUUUGUUGUUGAUGAAGGGAUUGCCAAAGCUUGUGGAUGCCCUCUUCUUCCUCUAAAAAGUCAUAUAAAGGGACCUGCUCCAGCAUCAGAUACCACUGACAUUGUUGAUGAAGCAAUAUCAUUUUUCAGAGCUAAUGUCUUCUUCAAGAACUUUGACAUCAAAAGUUCAGCUGAUAAGCUUCUUAUCUAUUUGACAUUAUACAUAAAUGUGGCUUUAAAGAAGCUAGAGGGCUGCAGAACUUUGGCUGAAGGAACGAAGGCAAUUAUUAACCUGGGUUUGGAAAAGGUUCCUGUGCCUGGAGAGUCUGGUUUUCCCUUUCCAGGGUUAUUUACGCCACCACAAUCUCAAAAAGAGGCAGAGCUGUUCAGAAAUUAUCUGAGGCAAAUUCGCGAGGAAACAAGUGGAAGACUAUUGAGUGUUGCAUACAGGCACAACGGGACUCCUAACAAAUGGUGGUUGGCAUUUGCAAAGAGAAAGUUCAUGAAUAUUAGUAAUCCAUGAGGAAGUGGCCCGCCCCAGUAUUUUGAUGUUCCCGAGUGCAGCUCAAUUGUCUGCAUCCCCUGCCUAUGUCCUGUAAGCAUUGGACAACAACUUUGCAUAGAAAGACAAUGCAGAAUCUUUGUGUUUAUGUUAUCAUUUUUCAAUUUUGACAUUUCUGUCAGCACAACUGUUGGAUGAAGAUAUCACCAAAAAAAAAAGAAGUAUGUGUUUUCUUCUAGCUAGCUCCUUUUUUCCCAGCUUGGCGAUCUGUUUCAGUUUCAGCUUUUUUUUUUUUUUCUGUUGUUUAUUAAAUGUGGGAUUCUUCUGUAACUAGAUAUGGUUAAAGAGUUUACGUACUGCAGAACAAGCUCAUCAAAAAUUUGCAAGUU